CACACACACACGCACAUCUCUCGCGGCUGGACGGUUGUCAGCGCACAGAAGAUGGUGGCGGCUGCGGCCACUGCGUUACCCACCGCGCCUGGAUAGCACAACAUAACAACAUUGCAUGCAGGUGUCGACGCUGCUAUCGCGCAAAGGUAAUGGUCAGAUAACGGAGAUAAGACAAUCUGAUCUCUCUCUGUGGACGAUGCAGGGAUUGGAAAGGUUGGACGACGCAGCAGCCUUUAAUUCAUCAUAUUUGUCCGGGAUUAAAGGGGAAUUGUUUGGCAUUGUGAAGAUAUUCUCUUGUGUGUCCCGUGCAAUUCAAUGAAAAGUGUCCGGAUCAGGGCAGCACUCUGCUUUGACCUGUGGGACUGUUGGUGUGGGGGACGUGCAGCGUGGAGGUGGAGACCUUUUAAUUAGCCCUACUCUCUUCGGGCUUUCGUGGUCUGCCCUUUAGAGGAGGGGGGACCGAGCUGCCCUGGGCAAACUUUACUUCAGAGAAAAGGACGGACUGGACCACACUUCACGUAGUCUGCUCAAGGCUUUUUCUCAGCUGACACACUAUACAGCCCGGAGCCGGCAUGCUCAGGAUAUCUGGACAGUCUCUUGGGCGCACUGUGACUUGGCGACAUUUGGUGUGACUGUGGAUACCAAAAAGCUACACCGAUUAACUCUGAACCAAGACUGGUUGGUGCAUAGCCCCGGAGGAGUGUGUUUACACACGAGUCACUGACAGCUAAGCUCUCGCAAUAUAAAAAAACCCCCAGCAGUUUAUCGGAUAUUUUCUGCGCUCCGCUUCUCAUGCAUGUGUCUCCUUGCAGACCUCCGUGCAAACGAUCCCCUCUGGGUUUGGAGACUCCGGAGUAGAAAGUCAGGAAAGGACGGGGCUCUGUCCACGGAAAUAGUCACGAUUAGGCCCUGCAGCAAGAAGCAUGUGGGUAUAAAUAAAAGCUCUGAUGGCAGUUUUUGCGCUCAUGUUCCCGUUAUCUGGAGUCGAUCUGCGCCUUAAAAUUAAAAGCUGGCCUUUUCAAUCAAGACGGCAAACAGCAGAUCUCGAGUCAAAGCAAACGCUGCGGAGGAUGUGUUUUGGGUGAAGUUUUUCCUCAGACCUGUAAACAAAAUGUGGUGAGGUUUCGGAGGCAUUGCUGUGUAUUCUCAGUGGAACUGAGUGGAACCAAAAAACUGAAUGAAUAAGCGGGACAUGCCCCCAAACUGGCUGCAGCGCACGUAACAACACGUUUGAUAUUCAACACUCAUAUUUAAGGUCAUCACAACUCAAGAACAUUUAAUUUCCAAAGUUAAGAGUUUCCGCAAAUAUUUUUCCAAUGAGUGAAACGGUGUGUAAGCAGCAAACUGGACUUGGACUGGAACAGAGCAGACAGCGAGUGAACCUUGUAGUCUCAAGUGCGUCAAAACAGACGGGAAUGUAGAGGAAUGCAGGGAUUGACGUCAAGAGGGGCAAUAAUGAACUAUUCAAAAUCUUUGAAAGGUCUGCUGGUGUUUCUACAGCCACUACUACACUGCUAACUGAGUGGACUUUUCUCCGAAAAGGUUUUUGUUUGUGCUCUCCUUUUUCAUUUUUAAUAGUUAAACAUAAUUGCUUCAGUUGUGACACUGUGGCCUCAUACUUUGCCUUACUUCUUCUUCGUCUAAUACUUCUACUGAUCUACUUUGUCUUUAAAGUAACUGUCCCUUCUGUCCUCGUCUUUGAUUUUGGAUAAAUUAAAAAGCAACAUGGCGUCCCCCCAACAUCAACAACUGCUGCCUCACAACACAGAAGUGAGCUGUGACUCAAGUGGAGAUGGAGGCGUCUCAGUGAAGAUUGGCAGUAGUGUCAAACAAAGGCAUGGAGGCAGGCCGCUCGGUUCAAUCGGGGGAGGCUUCAUUGGGGGAUCCAAGCACUGCAAGUACAGUAUCUCCUCCAGCUGCAGCUCUGGAGAGUCCGGAGUCAGGAGACCGGUGGUCAAGAGCUUUCGCGCACAUAAGAAGAUGCCUCAGCUAUUUGAGAGAUCUGCUGGUCAUUUCUGGGACCCAAAGUUUGACUCUUCGAUCCUGGAGGAGGCCUGUAGAGAACGUUGUUUCCCACAGACCCAGCGGCGCUUCCGCUACGUGCUCUUUUACCUGGUUGCUGUUGGCCUCCUCUGGGGAUUGUACUUUGCUGCCAACCCUUCUCGCUGUGACAGGACUGCCUUUCUCCUUCCCACAGCAUCCUUCCUCCUUUUCUGCCUCCUCCUCUUCCUCUUAACUUUUACUAAGCUCUACUCUCGCUGCUACAACCAAGCAUCUCUGCUGCUCAUCCUUGUAACCUUCAUACUGACCCUGGCCCCUCAAAUCCAGACAUCAAGCUUCAGGGACCCAGAGGCUCCCACACCUGUAAUUGAUGUGGAAGAGUUCAGUGGCAUGGGGCCAACAUACAACCUGUCCUAUGACAAGCUUGUGGCAGGUAGCACCUGGUCCCCCUGUCUUUCUCCUGUCGGCACCUUCUCCCUCUGCAUCGAGGUUCUUCUGUUGCUAUACAGUGUUCUCCAUGUUCGCCUCUAUGCUUCUGUCCUGCUCGGGUUUCUCUACUCUGUCUUUUUUGAGAGUUUGGGCUGGCUGCACCUAACACAGGCAGGGGAUAACUGGACUUUAGCUACUCAGUCAGACUGGGAUACGUUAAGUUGGCUGGGCCCAGCGAAAGCUCUGCUCCACCUAUGUGCCCACGUCAUUGGCAUCCACCUAUUCAUCAUGUCUGAGGUGCGGUCACGCAGCACCUUUCUUAAGGUGGGUCAAGCUAUCAUGCAUGGCAAAGAUCUGGAGGUUGAGAAAGCCUUGAAGGAGCGAAUGAUACACUCUGUCAUGCCCAGAAUCGUGGCUGAUGAACUGAUGAAGCAGGGUGAUGAGGAGAUAGGUGAUAAUUCUGUUAAACGAUACUCCACCAGUGGUGCAGCGGCUGCCAUCUCCAGUCCUAAAAACCAUAAACGCAAGAAAACCUCCAUCCCUCGAGGCCAGAUCAUCUUCAGACCCUUCAACAUGAAACGGAUGGAGCCUGUUAGCAUCCUCUUUGCAGACAUUGUGGGCUUCACAAAAAUGUCUGCCAACAAGUCUGCUCAUGCUCUUGUUGGGCUUCUAAAUGAUUUAUUUGGCCGUUUCGAUCGACUUUGUGAGCUCACUGGCUGUGAAAAGAUCAGUACUUUAGGAGACUGUUACUACUGCGUGGCUGGUUGUCCUGAACCCAGACCUGACCAUGCUUAUUGCUGCGUGGAGAUGGGCCUGGGCAUGAUUCAGGCUAUUGAACAGUUCUGCCAGGAGAAGAGGGAGAUGGUAAACAUGAGGGUGGGGGUCCACACAGGCACUGUACUGUGUGGUAUCUUGGGCAUGAAACGCUUCAAGUUUGAUGUUUGGUCUAAUGAUGUCAACCUGGCCAACCUAAUGGAGCAGCUGGGAGUGGCUGGGAAGGUCCACCUGUCACAGGCUACCGCUAACUUCCUAGAUGACCGCUACCAGCAUGAAGGCGGACAAGUCAUUGAGAGAAUAGGACAGAGUGUGGUGGCUGACCAGCUCAAAGGCCUGAAGACCUACUUGAUCUCUGGCAGGAAGGUGGAACCUCACUCUCACUGUAGCUGCUCUCAGUUGGGGUUGGCUGGGCAUGAGAAUUCAGAUCCUCGGUGCACUACUUCCAGGGUGCACACACCUGAUGGUGCACCGUCAGCCUGCACCAUUCCUUCUGAUAGCGUUAAGUCUCCCUGUCUAUCCUGCAGUGUGGUCCUGAUGCCAGGGGAGGAUCAGGUUCUGGAAGAAGGAGCUGUGCCCAGUGGCUGCCAUGACGACCACAAGACUAACAGCAGCAAGGACUUGUCAAAUCUGAAAUGUUCCCCAGCGGUUUCUGCAGGGCGCAGCCCCAAGGCUCUGAACGGCCUGCUCAGUCCUCAGCUGGAAGCUUUGAACAACAGCCAGACAUCUCUGUGUGAGAUGCUGCAGGAGAAGGAGAAGAAGACGUGGAGUGGAGGAACCAUGGGCAUGGAUCACUCAGCGCUCAUCCCUCUUCGCUCCAAGAACUUCAGAGAAAGAAGUGAUGCUCACUUUGUGGAUGUUAUCAAAGAAGACAGUCUUAUGAAGGACUACUUCUACAGACCUCCCAUAAACAAGCUGAGCCUCACCUUUCUAGAGAAAAGCCUGGAGUCUGCUUACCGGAUAAGCUACCAGGAGGAGGUGGAAACCCAAGCAGUGGUGCAGACUUUUGCCAGUCCAAAAUUCAGUUCUUUUCUGGACAUGCUGCUGUGCUGUUUGGUGUUUUUGGCUCUCUCACUGGCCUGUUUCCUUCGACCGCUUGUCACUCAGCAGAGUCUGUCCACACCAGCGCUCAUUCUGACAGCUGUAGCCACCCUGUUGGAGGCUCUGGCUCUGCUGUUUGCUAUACGUAUGGCUUUCUACCUGGACAGUGUGCUGAAUUGCACUCGGGUGCUGAUGAGAGCGUUUUCAGGCUGGAUAGCACGUCACUUUAUAGGAGCAAUCCUGGUGUCCCUGCCAACUGUAGCCGUCUUCUCCCAUAUGACCUGUGAUAUGCAUCUCUCCAUCCAGUUCACCAUGUUCAUCUGCUGUGCUGUCAUCAUAGCUAUCAUUCAGUACUGUAACUUCUGCCAACUCAGCUACUGGAUGCGUUCUACUCUAGCGACUUUGGUGGGACUAGCACUGCUUGCCUUGCUUUUCAGCUCCCCCUGCAGUGUUGCUAAGAGUCUGUUUUUUUGGUCGGAUAGCCAGAACAAUAACAGUAGCAGCAACAGCUCCAUCGUCAUGUCUGACAGCCCAGCAGACCCACAGCCCCACCCACAGGAUCUGCUGGGCCCUGAGGCUUGUGUGGCCUUUUUCCUGCUCCUCCUCCUGGUCUGGUUUCUUAACCGUGAAUUUGAGGUCAGUCAUCGUCUGCAUUACCAUGGAAACGUGGAGGCUGACCAACACCGCAUCAAGAUCCAGAACAUGAGAGACCAGGCCGACUGGCUGCUCCGCAACAUCAUUCCCAUCCAUGUGGCAGAGCAGCUGAAGGUCACCCAGAGCUACUCCAAGAACCACGACAAUGUGGGUGUAAUAUUUGCCAGUAUUGUUAACUUCAGUGAGUUUUAUGAGGAAAGCUACGAGGGAGGUAAGGAGUGCUAUCGGGUCCUCAACGAGCUAAUUGGAGACUUCGAUGAGCUAUUACGAAAGCCUGCCUUCUCAAACAUUGAAAAAAUCAAGACCAUUGGUGCGACAUACAUGGCAGCAGCAGGACUCAAUGCGCAGCAGUGUGCAGAUGCAGCACAUCCUCAUGCACACCUCCGCGCUCUUUUUGAAUUUGCCCUGGAAAUGAUGCACGUGGUAGACGACUUCAACAAGAACAUGCUGGGCUUUGGCUUUAAGCUACGCAUUGGAUUCAAUCAUGGGCCUCUAACAGCGGGGGUGAUUGGCACCACUAAGCUUCUCUACGAUAUCUGGGGUGACACAGUCAACAUCGCCAGUCGCAUGGAUACUACAGGUGUGGAGUGUCGUGUCCAGGUCAGCGAAGAGAGCUAUUGUGUGCUCAGUAGUAUGGAUUACGAGUUUGAUUAUCGUGGCACAGUUAAUGUCAAAGGCAAAGGUCAGAUGAAGACCUUCCUUUACCCUAAGAGCAGUGACAGUGGCCCUGUUCCUCAGUACCAACUCUCGGUCUCACCAGAGAUCCGGGCACAGGUGGAUGGUAGCAUUGGGCGCUCGCCCACUGAUGAAAUUGCAAGCAUGGUGCCCACAACCAGCAUAAAUGCAAGCAGUACCACUUCUACGGUACCCAGUGCCAGCGUUGGUUCUUCUACUACCACAGGGCUUGGCCAUGAGAGAGAGGGGGACAGCCAUGAAAAACAUGCAUCUACAGAGACCUCUCAUGCUAGGCAAUCCACGCCUCACAGUGGCAUGACAUCUAUACCUGUCACCAACCGAGAAGGACCUACUCCAUCUGCAAAUAACAAACAGCUCGUCAUCUCAUCCUCAGUCCAGCAAAAUACUCACCAGAAUUCCACAAGUUCCCAGAAAGACCUCAAGAAGGCCAAAUGUGAGGAUGAUUAUGACAGUAAUGUUGGAGAGUUAACCAGACUUUAAGAAUUUGUUACAGUGGCACUGAUAUCAUAAACCUCUACCCUUUAAGCUCUUGUUCCUGCCGAUUUGUAGAAUCGCUGUAUGUUUGAUCUUACCCCAGAUAGAAUCAGGGAGAAAGACCCACAGGCCUCUUUUUUGCAUCAGCCAAGCGGCAGGUUGUCUUUUGGUUUAUUUUUGGCUGAUAUUAUCAGUGGAGGGUCCUGACAGGACCACAAAGUGGGACACACAGAGACAAAGGCAGGGACACAGAGAAAAUGGGAAGAUGUGAUGGUUGACUCUGAACUUUUCUUGCCUGCUAUAGAUCCCAUCAUCUCCCAUUAACUUACUUGAUAUCUGUACACCUUUAAUGUUAAUUAUUUCUUUCAUAUGUCUUUUAAGUGCCUUUAGAAUAGAAUAAUGUGUAGACUAAGCUUUUUUGAGUAAGGGAAGAAUAACAAAGGGAAAACUGUACAUAAGCAAACUUUUUUGGAAAAUGCUUUGCUUUUGUUACAAUUUUAAUUUCUGAACUAUGUUUUGCUAUGAUAUUUUGCCUUUUAUCAAAGAAGAGCUCAGCGAGCUGACCUUAUAUACAGAAAGUGCUACAACAUCAGGAGAAUCAUGUGUCAAGUGAAGGGAAAUAUGUUACUCCAAGAUAAUAAAAUAGGAUAAAGGGAUAGUAAAAUCUGCACUACAAUGCAGCAGAGCCUGUUUCAAUGUUCUUCAUGAAACUCCUCAUGGAAGGCGCAACAGAAAACUAAUCAGUACAGGUGAAGGGCAGACAAGGCCGAGCUGCAUGUUGUAUGACUGUAUUUGCAUGCGUACCGUGGUGUGUGCGUGCGUGUGUGUGUGUGUGUGUAAUAAUAAGAACAUGCAGGGUUUAAUAAGGGGAGGUGCCAAUGAGUUACUCGAGUGACUUGAUUAAACUGCAGGAUGACAAACAGUUUAGGAACGCAGCUGAAAAAAAUAAAAGUCUUGGUUGCUGAUGUGGCAGAUUUUUCUCUGGCCUUGGUUAAGAUAUUUGUAUUGCCUCAGUACUGAGGCAUGAUGGUCCCAGCUACACUUAAUCAUGCAUGCUUGCAACAACAGCAACGUAGAUGACGAUAACUAUAAGUAGUCUUUGUGUCCUCUCCCAAAAACCAGGCUCGUAUGGGAACUCCAGCUGUGAUUAGUGUUGAUGAGUAUUUCAUUGGAUCCUACAAGGCACUGCUGUACCUGUAGAGUGUUUUUAGCCGUGACUGUAGAUCGAUUAGAGAAAACAGCUGCUUAGGUUUGCUGUGGAUUACACUGUGUGUUAGCUGAUAGUGCUUUUAAGAUGUGGAUAAUCAAAGUGGAAUGUCACAAAUCAAAACUAAAUGUGUUUUUAUUGUAUUUAUUGAUAAACAAAACUUGAAAUGUUCAUGUGAAGCUCCCUUCUCUAAUCUCUGUGAUUUGAAAGACAUUACUGGAUGGAAACAGCUGGACACAUUAGCUGCUUCAUACUUUCAACGGCAUGAAACUUAAUGUAAAAGCACUGUAAAUGCAAAGGCAGUGAACCAAAUGUAUUUCAUAUUAAUCCCUAUAGGAUAUAUGUUUGUUUUUUUCCAAUAUAUUUUUUGGCCUUUUUCAGCUUUAUUUGACAGAAACAGCUUGAAGAGUGACAGGAAUGUGGGGAAAGAGAGACGGGGAAUAACAUGCGGGAAAGAGCCACAGGUCGGAUUUGAACCCUGGGAAGACUGAGCCUUGGGCGGUCGCUCUACCAACUCAGCUAAACGUGCCCUCCCAAUAGGUGUUUUUUCUUUUCUUUUUUUACUUCAUUGAGUUCAUAUUAUUAUGUCAGAUUAUUAAGGAAAUCAAAUUAAUUAAACUGUAAAUCUUUCUUGCUGUUACUUUUUCUCUAUGUGUUUCUUAGUCAAGAGGAUUGUGUGCUCAAAGGCAAAAACAUUUUACCAUGAUAUCCACUUCAGUGUUUAUUUUAAAUAUCCUACACAUUAACCUCAUAUUUUUUUUAAUUACCAAUACAUAGUUAGUACUUUCAAGUAAACCAAACCAAACAAGACAAAUAUUGCAGAAAAGCAAAGAACCAGUUUGCCUUCUUAAAUCAUCAAACAAUUUAUUUCAACUGCCACAUCAAACAUUACCCUAAUAUUUAAUAUGUUUGCUUUUUCUGUGUGUAAAACUAGGGUAGCUUGUGCCUUUUAUCUCUGAACUUGAUUUUCCUCUUUUUUUUUUUUUUUUUUUUACUGUCUGCUUUAACUUGCUUUAAUUUCUUAAGACAUGGAAUAUUUUUCAAAAGCUGAUGAGAGGAUGUUUACUCUUGUGCAUAAAUCACAUUUCAUUUUGGUGACAUUUUCUAGUUAGUAAGUUAUGAAAUUUGAACAGUGCCUUUUCUUAGUAGAUACAGUUAAAUGUAAACAUACCAAUUAGCAUUAAUUGGCCUUAUUGCAGUUUUUGGAAUCAUUUUUUGUUUGCCUUUUCAUUGUGUUCUGUAUUUGCAAAUGCAAUAAUAAGAUCCAAAUUGGUUUGAAAUUGUAAUUACCUGCUUUACGCUUAUGAGCACACAACCCUUGCCCAGAGCUGAAUUUGUGUUUGUUAUACUACAAUAAAGGGAUGCUUAGAAUAGUUAUUGUUGUUGUUAUUAUUAUCCAAAAUUAAGUGCUUAAUAGAGGCCAUGAUACUUGAGUGUCAGGUAUAGCAUAUAAGCUACAUUUCCCCCCUCCCCUUUGGUAAUUCUGAUAAGCUCUUUUGAAUAAUGUGUUUUUUAUGAACAUUUUUUCUUCAUUAGUAUUGUGGGACAAACAGGAGCACUGAGAUAGAGAGAGUGUCAACUUACAUUUGUUUCACUGCAAACAUGAGCUCAAAUGCUGAUUUGGUUUGAUUUGUCGAGAUAUAAGUGACAUUCUGAAUCAGCAGAAUGGCACACUGAGAAUUUUUUGAUGCCAAAGAGUGUCAUUGCCAUCUGUGUGUGUUAUAUCUUCUAUCUCCUCCUUUGCAGCUUGUGUUGUGCAUGUUCAACAGUUCAUUUAUAUAUUCACUGUUAAAACACAAUUGCACAAGGCACUCACUUCUGAUGUACAGUAUGCCUUUAUAUUGUAAAGUAUCUGAGCAUUUUCUAUUAUUUAUAUAAGCGCAUGUACUAGAGUAUUAGACUGGGUAAUUUGGAAUAAUACUCAUGUGUUCUGUUCGCCUGCAUGUUUGUAAAAAAUGUAUGAGUGUUUGUAAAACUGUUUGGUUGUGUUUGAAGGGAUGCUCUAAUCUUAGCAGGAAUGUGACCAGGACUUUUGUCAAAUUUAUCAUCUCAAAAAAAAAAAAAAAAAAAAAAAAAAAAAAAAAAAAUCGACAUGCUGGCACAGUAAGGCUUCAUUUAAUUUAGAUUUAUUUUUUCUUUCUUUAAGUUAAACUAGCCAAAUAAAAAGGGCGAGACAUUUGUAGAUGUCUGUGGGUUGGCAGUAUUUCUGCUACAGCCACGUUUUCAUGAAUUGUUACUUUCUUUGGAAAUGUUUUGUAUAUAGCACGCUAAUAGGUAUGCAAAUGAAGGUUAACAUUGAAUAAAGUCAGUUGCUGGGAAA